CAUGAUUCUUGUACAGCGGGAGGGUGGCCAGCAUGCACAAAGCGCCGUCCUCUGUCUGCCAAUGCUAACUAUCUUGACUCUGUCCUUCGAAGAGAAAGGAUUCGCUGUGAAAGCAUACGAGAGCGCACAGAACCAGAAGAAUCAUCUUCAACUGAUGAAGAGAGGACCCUAAGAAGGCCUCGCCCUCGCAAACCUCGAAGCAGAUCAUCUCUGCAAGAACCAGUGACACAAGUGGCAGAAGAAAUGCCAGCAAUGCGUCAUCCUGCUUCUUUCUCAUCCCACCUUACUAGCACACCAGUAUGUUUAGAAAGUGACGAGAGGAUUCUGGUAGAGUCUCAGAGGCCAGAAACAAUUACAAAUGGUUCUUUCCAGUAUGAUCGCAGCAACAUUGGUAGCUUGGGACGUCGGGUGAAACCCAGCAAUACUCUGGGAUAUCCUAAUGGAGAGGUGACCAUGAGGAAACGAUCAAAGAGGGAUCGCCUGAAAUUAUAUCGUCAAGCUGGGCGAUGCAUUACAGUUCAGGGCUUUGAGGGAAGAUUUGGUGGUCUUUAUGAUGAUAGCCUAUCAGAUCCCAGUGAUUCAUCAAGAACAGAUAUUCCAGAUGAUACACUUGCAGUCUACAAAACCAUGAACAAGGAGGACUUGCUCAGAGUGGUGAUUCAAAACAAAGCCCAGCUUAUCCGUAAAGAUCAAUACAUCAAAGAUCUUGAGAACUACAUUGAUGACCUCUUGGUGCGCGUCAUGGAGUGCACACCGCGUAUACUACACCGUCCACCCAUGCAUCAUCGCUAGAGCUGUUACUUCAGUCUUCCUUUUGUUUAUAUUUUUUUAUUGAAUUUGGAGAUACUUUUUUAUCACACUCAGUCUGCACAUGAAAGCUAUUUAAACUUAGUGGAUUUAUAGAGGAAAAAGAAAAAUGAAAUAAAAAUAUCAAUUUAUCUCUAUGCUCUUAAAAACUUUUUGAAAUCAAAGCUUUGGAAAAAAUCAUAAUCCAGUGAUUUCAUGUUUUUCUUUUUAGUUCUCGCUUUUUUAUUUUAUUACCAAGAAAAUAAAAAUUCAGUACUGUUUUUCUGGCACAAAUUCUUUCUUUGUAGAAUGUAGAAAUCCUACCACCAGCUUUAAAAUGUUUUGCUAUGAUGAUUUGGCAUUAUACAUUUCAUAAAAAGAUUUUUCUGUGAUGUAUAUUCACUUGCCAGAGAUUCAGCUAGAGGCUUGUAUGCCUGGAAAAGUCAUAAUACGAUGUGUUAGGAUUAGGUUUUCAGGCACUUGAAAAAAAUUCUUUGGUACAUGCAUGAACUGAGCCCAUUAACGUGCUUCACUUCUGCAUUUUCACAAUGGAAUAUAUUUUGAUCCAUUUUUGUAUUAUACUGUAAGCUUUGAAAUGUUCUGAACUCUAGUCUAGAUUCUUAUCAGUACUGUUCCAACUUCUAUGUUUUAAAAGAGAAAUGUUUGCAUCUCUAUAGCUAGAUUUAGUAAAGCAUCUUUGAGCGCUGCUUGUAGAGAUCUUUUUCGGUUUCAUGAAUCUAGAAUUAGGCAGCUUAUUUGCAUAUAAAGAAGAUCUAUCUAUUUAGAACAAGUGAUUUUGGAAUGAGGACAAAGUAGAGCCCAUAAUGGACAAUAUAGUUAUCAGAUAGAAAUCUAUUCCUGACAUAGUUUUUUAAUCAUUUGAUAAAUUAUUCCAUGAUGUGGACUUUUAUUUUCAAGAAUCUCGUGAGUCACUUCCCAAAACACUCUGGUCAGCAACAGUGAAGAGCUAAUAGUUGGAUGAUCAGUGGAAAUGUGCCUUCCUUUUGUUAAAUGUUGAGAAACUUCGCAAAAGCCCCUCUUGGCAUUUCUAGCACCUUACAUAAUCACAGUAUGCUCUGUUAAUUGGAUAAUCUAUACUGUCUGCAAGGAUUGGAUAGAUAAGCUUGUGGUUUUCGUGUAAGGAGCUUUUUUCGAAGUGUUUGUAGGUGGGAAGUACUAUUUACCUCAUCAAAGAAGGACUGCUUCACCAUUGCCUUUGCACUAGAAUUUGUUGUAAAGAUGUGAAAAAAACUUUUACAUCCAUGUGAACAUGUAUUAUUACCCCUUAAACUUCUAUAUCUUGAUUCAUCCACUUCCCCCUUUUCAAAUAUUCUGAGGACCAGGAUGUGCUUUGAUGACUUGUUAUCAAGUUUUGAUUUUCCCUCCAUUCACACAGGUGAGUCAGCAGUUUAACCUAAUCAUGUUCCGGUGAAUCAGCUGUAUAGCUAACUUUUUUCCCAGCACAUGCAACAUAAUGUGCAAUUAUGCUAACCAUUAAUGGAGAAAUAUUGUAGUAUUAAGAUGCAAAUGAAUGUCAGUUAUAUUUUUGUUUUCUUACAAACUAUGGUUUCUCAUUUCUUGAUUGCCUGACCCAACUUGAACGCUUGAGAUAACUGUUAAACGAGAGCUCGUCACUUGUGAAUUCAGGGUGAUACAACUACAAGCUUACUCUUUUUCUUUUUAUGACUGUGUGGGCAUUUAUUUGUUUUAUCUUCAUGCAUGCAUUUGUGUGUGGGUGUGCAUACAGGCAGUAAUUGGGUCUAUGGCAGCUAACUCCCGGCUCAACUUCUGCUGUUAUUCAUGAUUUAGGGAAGCAGCACAGCUGCCAAAUUUGUACCUGUGGUAUUCAUUCUAGUUCAUAACAAUUCCAGCAUAUUUUUCUGUUGUCUGAAAGCAAAAGCAAUAUCACUUGAAUCAGCAUGUAAUUUAUCAGCUUUUUUUUCCAUCAGGCAAUGUUAAUGAGCAUUUUUUCCUUUUAGAAACUGACAUGCAAGACUUUAUAAAAAGAUGCAAACCUUCACAAAAAAAAUGCAAGCAAAGAGCUUAGUACUGAAGCACAUCUUUGCUUUCACCACUUGUGCGACAUGUGAAUAGGCAUUAUGCCAUAUUUUGGUACUUCUUUCUUUUACAUCAGAAAAUAUUUUAAUGAAGAAUAUUGUGAUAGAUAAAAAUGGUUUGUGUGUUUAAUGCACAUGUAUAGAUAGGUGUUGGUAGAGCUUCAUUUGUGUAUAUGUGUUGCAUAUGAGCACAUAUUUAUGCCUUUACACUGGUAAACAUUCCAUGUUUUAUAACUCUACCAGGAUGAUAAACAGAGCUUAUAAUAUACUCAUGUCUGCUUUUAUGGUUUAUCUGUAUUUAUCCUAAACUGUAAAAUACAAAGCUAUGUGUAUAGCCGAGAACAAAAGCACUUUUUGUGAAGGAUCAUCUGAACAUUUUGUUUGAUUGCCUUUGUCACUCCUUACUCCAUCUCAUUGUAUACAAAUUUUUAUCAUGGUUUCAAGGCUUGAGCCCAUCUGAAUGUCCAGAGACAUGACUCUUUCUAAUGAUCUGAAGAGCAACCAAAGAAAAUUCCCAAAAAUCUCGCAUAGUAUUUUUAUUUAAAUUAUCAUAUUUUUAUAAACCUUGUACUCUUCUGCAUUUAGAAUGUUGCAAUCACUGUUGCAAGAAUUGACAAAAUUUCUAAUUUUAGAACAAAUAUAAUCUUGAAUGAAAUUGGUUUUGGAACUGCAUGUCAUUUUUUAGUCAUUUUCUUCCAGUUCCAAAUUAAAAUUGCUGUGCUGUUAUUUUAGUAGCAGUUUUAAUAUUUUCACUUUUUCUUUACUCCAGAUUAAUCUUGACAAAAAUGUUUUAAAGCAUUUUCCAACUGCUGGAAGGCUGUUGAUGCAGUGCAGACUAUUUUUAAAUAUUGCGUGUUUAAUUUGAAAUCUAUGCCAGUGCCAAGAUACAUCUUGAGAACGUCUGUUUAUAGCCCUGCAGGGCCCGAGCCAUAGAGAUUAAUUUGGAACCUAGUAACCAUAUUAAUCAAAAGCGCAGAGCCCCUGACAACUAUCAAAAGAGCGGGGCCCUAGGCAGAUGCCUCGACUACCUGCCUAAGCACAGCCCUGAUCUUGAGUGUUUAUUUUUAUUAAGACCAAGAAGAUAAUGUAAAUGAAUUGGAGAGUUUUUAAGCUGUUGAAACACAAUUCACAAUAUUUCUGUUGUGUCACUUGCCUUUUUUCUAUUAGUAUCAAUACACCUAAAUAGUCAGUUAUAUGUAUGAUCCUCUAUAUUUUUAUUGUAUGUCUUCAUUUUCCAAAGUUGUUUGCUUAAUGUACUCAUUACUGACUUGUUGUAUACAUACUUAUUCCUGAUUCCUUAGAAAAUAGUCAUCAUAAACAACACCUUUCGUCUUUAAAAAAUGGAUUUUGUGCAAUAAAGAAUUUGUGUUUUACUGUUCCUAUCAGAAAAUCAUGCAUUUGUAUAGGAUAAACCAUGAUAAUAAACAUAAGUAAUCCUUCAAACAUUAAGCUUUGUUAAAGUUAAAUGUUUGAUAACAACAGUUAGAAAGUGAUGACAACGUUUAACUGGUCAUAAGUCUUACUCAUGAUAGUAAAAAUAAUUGCAGUAACAAGCAUAAUAACAAGAUUUUCUGAGUUGUAAAAAUGGAAUUAGCAUAAUAAAGAAAGUAAAAUUAUUGUCUCUUGUCUACUCUGCUUGCAGGACCAACAGAUUUUUUUCAGUCUUUUGACUUUUGAACACUACUAAGUACAAAUGAAUUUUGAUCAUACAUGAUUAUAUCAGGGUCUGUCCGGUGCAGCAGGUAUGAAUGCUUGUAUGUUUGUGCAUCAUCAUGUCACUGGCAUUGCUUUUCAAUGUUGCAUAUCUUUUUCUGAGUGAAAUGGAAUAAGAGAAUAUGGUUUACAAGAAGAGGCACUGUAUAGGUAGAAAUUAUAAAGGAUUUAUACAAUAAUGUAACAAUUAGCAACACAGAUUCAAAAGGACUGCCCUUUCUCUGCUUCUACCAAUAAAUCACUUGUUUUAAAAAUGUUUUUGUAGCAUUCUCCUGUAAUGUCUCGACCAUGCAGUUAUUAUUUUAUAUGAAUCUUACUUUUCUGGGGUUUUUUAAAUCAUAAUUAUGACGAACAGUAGAUAAAGAACUUUAACAUCUUUUCUUGAAAGUUUCUUGUGUUCAUACAAUUUAAUUUUGAUUUUAUAAUUUCAUUUAAUUGAGAUGUGGGCAAGUUUCUUAGAGCAUGUGCUUAAGAAACGGCUUAACAUUAAUUUCAAUUUAUAUGUUGUUUAGUUAUAGAUUGUCAUAUGUAUCGUGUAACAGCAUGCUUUGUGGUGUGAUGUAUCACAGCUUAUAAAACAUGCUUUUGAUGUUUUGAAAUUUUGUACUAUUGCAUUUCAUAUUUUUUUCUGCUACAGCUAUGUUGUGUUUUCACAUGCCAUCAAACAUGCUCCACAUGGUCAUUAGAAACAGACUAAAUGAAGGUUACUGAGAAAGAUAAGAGGGAUUAACUAAAGUGUUAGCCUUAUUGGUGGCCAUUUCAUCCAGCAGUUAUUCCUUACAGCACCAAAAUUCAUUUUCCACUGUUCCCAGUUUUGGUUGUGCUCAGAGGAAAGAUGGGUAAAUGUUUUACUACUGCCUGUGCAGAUUCAAGUUUGUCAACUAUGAAGUUGAUAGAGUAAAAUAAAUCUGCUGUGACCAGUUUAAAGGACUUUUGUUGUGCUUAUUAUACAAAAAGCUCUAGUAAUCUAACAACAAAUACAAUGUUUGAAAAAAUCUCCAAGUUAGAAUUACCACAUGUAUGUCAGAGAGGCAUGUCCGUCCAGGAUGCAUAUUGUACACUCUAAAACGACUUUAUGAAUCUUCAUUUUAAUGAACAGAACAUAUUUAACAUAAAAAUUAUGACCCUGACAGGCUUUAUUAUCUUUGUGUCAAAGUUGUUUUUCCAAGUGCUAUAUAACAAUAAAACCAGUUACCACAAUCCUUUUAGAAAAUUAGAGAAAAUAUAGCAGUCUAUAUGCUUAUGCAAGAGGCAAAUGCAGUUGAGCAAAAUGAUCUAUGUAUAUCACUCAAUAAUAUUGAGCACUUACAGUGCACAACUUCACAACCAAAACGUUGCACUCUUCGAUCAAUGAUCAAUGAUGAUAAAGAAAUAACAUUAAAAUCACUGGAUAAUAAUAUGCUGACAAUGAACACAUUUAUCCGUUGAACCACAGGUAAUGUAAGAGUAAAAAGUACUUAAAAAAUAAAACACUAUGUAGAAUUGAAUUGUGUUAAUGCAUAAUCAUAAAAAAGAUCAAGCAUAAUAUUUAAUUGAUAUUUCUAAACAUGCUUUGUGUGAGUGUUUAAAGGAAGAGUGGAUAUAAUGGGUGAGUUGGAUGAGGAGGAAGUUUCCAAUGCUGAAGGGUGGACAGAUCAGAAAACAGAGAGGGGAUCAUAUGACAUUGUGGCAGUCAUUUGUUUUUCCAAGGGUAGCAAUCCCAUAGCAUAACAGGCAGAGAUAUUUGGUGACAUUAUUUUGUAAAAAGUGCACAUGCACACCAGAGAGAUGUCAAGAGGGAGAGCGGGCAGCCGCCCGCAUGCAAGUCUAUGACUAACACUUCCAUUAACUCCUUUGUCAUUACCCCUAGGAAAAUGCAGAAAGAAA